AUGAGAGCUGCCUUUGCAAGGAGUGCUGCCUUCGCAAGGAGUGCUGCCUUCGCAAGGAGUGCUGCCUUCGCAACGAGGGCUGCCUUUGUAGGGUGUGCUGUCUUCAUAAGGGGUUUUGCCUUCGCCAGGACUGCUGCCUUUGCAAGGAGUGCUGCCUUCAAAAGGAGAAAUGCCUUCGCAAGGAGUGCUGCCUUUGCAAGGAUUGCUGCCUUCGCAAGGAGUGCUGCCUUCGCUAGGAGUGCUGCCUUUGCUAGGAGUGCUGCCUUCGCUAGGAGUGCUGCCUUCGCAGGGAGAGCUGCCUACGCAGGGAGUGCUGCCUUCGCAAGGAGAGCUGCCUUCACAAGGAAUGCUGCCUUCACAAGGAGUGCUGCCUUCGCAAGGAGUGCUGCCUUCGCAAGGAGUGCAGCCUUCGCACGUAGUGCUGCCUUCCCACGGAGUGCUGCCUUUGCACAGAGAUCUGCAUUCGCAGGGUGUGGUGCCUUCGGUAGGAGUGCUGCCUUCAAAAGGAGUGCUGGCUUCGCAAGGAGUACUGCCUUCGAAAGGAGUGCUGCCUUCGCAAGGAGUGCUGCCUUCGCUAGGAGUGUUGUCUUCGCAAGGAGGGCUGCCUUCUAG